AGUGGUGGAGUGUGCACGUGUUAUGACACAUAUUAUUACGUUCAAUAAUUUAAAACAAAAUGAAGCCCAUAAAUCUUAUGAAAGCUGAUGCUGCUUGUGUUAAACAGUUCCUAGAUUCGUUUGACCAUGUGUUUUCUGAUUGUGACGGCGUUAUUUGGCUCAGUAAAGCCCUUCCUGGUGCGGGGAAGUUCUUCGAGCUGAUGAGGAAAUUAGGAAAAUCAGUACACUUUGUAUCAAACAAUAGCUUGAGGACGAGAAGGAACUAUGAAGAGUAUUUUGAGGAUGCGGGUAUUGAGAAUGGUUAUGAAAAUUUGACGAUACCUUCUAUAGCCAUCGCAGAAUAUUUAAAAUCUGUUGAUUUUAAAAAGACGGUUUACUCAGUAGCUUGUCCUCAAACCGCAGUCACACUGAGGUCAAAUGGCUUCAAAUGUAUCGAAGGUCCGGAUCAAGCCCCAGAUCAUUAUUCAGGCUUAUACCAAUAUCUUGAAGACGACGAGGAGAUAGGGGCCGUAGUGUUUGACAGUGACUUCAAAGUGAACAUGCCCAAGCUUUACAAAGCUAUCACCCAUCUUAAGCGACCGGAGGUCAUCUUUCUGAGUGGUGCCACCGAUAAAUACAUACCCUUGCCGACGACAGGAGGGCUUGGUUUGGGCGCUGGAAUAUUCACAGACAUAGUGAUAGCCGAGUCUAAACGGGAACCAAUACAGCUUGGUAAACCGGGAAGAGUGUUUGGUGAAUUCGCAAUGAAACGAGCAAACGUCAGCAAUGCAGGCAGAGUGCUCUUUAUUGGUGAUAUGAUCGAACAAGACAUUGGACUAGGAAAAGCAACAGGAUUCAAAACUCUUCUCGUUAUGACACAUUGUACUGAAGAACAGAUGAUGAAAAAUGAAAAAUUAUGGCCUGAUUACUAUGCGGAUUCUCUUGGAAGUCUAUUAGAUGUUUUAAAUAAAUAUUAAAAAAAAUAGUUAAUGCUUAUGCGAGACUUCUAUUAUUACGCGCUUUUUAUUAGCUUCACUUGUAUGUAUGUUUGUUUGUAACCGACUCAUUACGCGAUUUCAACCUCACUCUAAACGGCCAGAUUUCGUUCAAACUUCGUAGAAUAAUCCAGGACUGAUGACACUACAUUAAUUUGAUAAAAUUCUUCCAUUUUUCAAUUUGCUAAAUAAGAUUUUUGUUUAUUUAUAUAAUAUUUUCGUUUUUAUCGUCGAUAAGGCAGGAAUUGAUGUUCAUUUUAAAUUUCAACCAUCAUCUUGUCAACCAAAGCGUGGUUUUUUAAGUUAUUUUUUAAACUACUUUUAUUAUUUUUACAAACAGGUUAUUGCGUAAACGAAGUAAUAUGAGCAAGAUUGUGAAAGAGCUGUGAUAAUAAAAUUUUAUUACAGAUUA